AUGUACAUGGAACAGACAUCUUGCAGUUUGCUGUCUGUGAAAAUCAUACAAAUAACCAAUUUACAACAAGCCAAUUUAUUUAGCCAGUCUGAUUGCUACGUGAGCUUGUUCCUGCCAUCAGCUUCAUUUGAAACGGCUCGGACAAAAAACAUUAAGGAUUGUAAAGAUCCGGUAUGGAAUGAAACCUUCUGCUACAGGAUACAGAAUCAAGUCAAAAAUAUUUUGGAGCUGAUUGUUCAUGAUGAAAACCACUGCCUUUUGGAUGGCCAGCCUUUUACUGUUCUCUUUGAUGUUGCUAAACUUCAGCUUGAAGAAACAAUUUGCCUCACAUUUCCAUUGGAUCCAAAAAUUCAAGAAAAUCUGGAGGUAGAAUUUAGUCUGGAAAAUAUUUCAGCUCCUCCUGAGAAUAUUGUUACUAAUGGUGUACUAGUGUCCCGUGAAAUUUCCUGCUUGGAGAUAGAAGUGAAUAAUAUGAAACAUGUUUCAAAAGAUGAAAUUGCUUUAUUUACUAUGCAAGGAUGCUAUGAAGAAUCUCAGAAACUUCCAUUGACUUCUAUUCCUCUUGAAUUUCAAUGCAUCAAGUAUAAAGAAUCUGCCCUACAAGUUGAAUUACUAAAGAAUUUGUGUGGCACAAAUUCCUAUUUUUCAGAUAGAAACACAGAUAAAACGGUUUGUCUUACUUUACCUCUGGAUUCAAUCUCUAUGGAAAAAGAAGUCAUUAUAGACCAGGACAAAUCAAUUGACUUACGUGUAAAGUGUUUUCCAAAAUUAAUCGUAACAGUGAUAUUUUAUUUGUUUCAUCGUGGACUACAUGCAAGGCAAAAAGAGCUUGAUGUGUGUUUAGACUACGAACUGUGUCCAGAUGAACAAGUAUUUAUACAGAAAAGGAAGAAAAUUGUAGCAGAUGCCCUGAAAAGGGUUCUUUGCAUGGACAAUGAUUUGCAAGAUCAUGAGGUACCUGUGGUGGCUAUCAUGGCCACAGGAGGUGGAGCUCGGGCAUUUACAGCUUUACAUGGCCAUUUACUUGGUCUUCAGAAACUGAAUCUCUUAGACUGCUUCACAUACAUUUCUGGAUCUUCUGGUUCUACUUGGACACUUUCAAAUCUGUAUGAAGAUCCUGGUUGGUCACAGAAGGAUCUUUUGGGACCAAUUGCAGAAGCUCGCAAAAACAUGUCCAAAUGCAAGCUGGAUUGCUUUACAUUAGACCACUUAAAAGAAUACCAUGAUAUUCUGAAGCAGCGGAAAGAGGAUGGCUACAAAACUUGCAUUACUGAUAUCUGGGGACUUUUUAUUGACCAAGCAUUAGGAAAUGGGAGAUGUAGCAGCACACUUUCAGAACAGAAGCAUGCCCUGAAUCAUGGUCAGAAUCCUUUGCCCUUGUAUAUGGUCCUCAACACCAGGGACAAAUAUAGCCUUCAAGAAUUUAAAGAGUGGAUGGAAUUUACUCCUUUUGAGGUUGGAUUAUUAAAAUACGGUGCCUACAUUCGUGCUGAAGACUUUGGAAGCAAAUUCUUUAUGGGUCGAAUGAUGAAAAAGCUCCCAGAAUCUCAAAUCUGCUUCAUGAAAGGUAUGUGGAGUAAUGUGUUUUCCUAUAACCUCUUGGAUGCAUGGCGUGGAAUUGACAGUUCAGAAGAUAGUUUGGGGAACAGGUAUACCCAGGACAAAAUAAAGCGAAUAGAAGAAAAACCACCUCUGCCACCAGUACCAGGAGCAGUGGAUACUUACCUAGUCAUGCCUAUACAUAAAAUUAUGAAGUUACUUCGUGACGUCAUAACAGAGCGUGUAACAACAUCAAAGGUCUACAAUUUCUUAAAUGGAUUCCAAUUAAACAAUGGAUAUCUAGAGAAUAAGAAUUUUUAUAUCUGGAAAGACACUGUACUGGACACUUUUCCCAACCAGUUGAUGACCCCAUUGGAAUAUCUGAGCCUUAUAGAUACAGCUGCCUUUAUAGACACCAGCUAUGCACCACUGAUGAGACCAGAGAGAAAAGUGGAUGUCAUUAUACAUUUGAAUUAUUCUACAGGCUCACAAACAGCACCUAUAGAUGAAGCCUCCAGAUACUUUGCAAAGCAAAGGAUUCCAUUCCCCAAAAUAGAUCUGAGUAGAGAAAAGAAUCUGAAGGAGUGUUAUGUUUUUGAAGAUGCUACGGAUUUCAAAGCACCUAUUGUAGUUUUUUUCCCACUAAUAAAUGAUACCUUCAAGAAAUACAAAGCACCAGGGGUGAAACGUGCUCCCACUGAACUGAAGCAAGGUAAAGUUGAUGUAACUAGUCCUCUUUCUCCAUAUGGAAUACAAAACUUUCAAUACUCUGAGAAGAAUUUUGAUAAAUUAAUAGAGCUAACUAGUUACAACAUUCAAAAUAACAAAAGCUCAAUCCUUCAAGCUUUACAAAGAGCAACAGAGAGAAAAAAGCCUGAGAUGAAAUAGACAUCUUUUCAAAUAUGA